GGAUCAAUAUUUUUUCAGCCAUAUAGUGUUAUUUAUACUUCUUCAUUGAAGCGUUGUAGUGCUAGGCCGCAGUAGUAUAAUAAUCUGUGAGUAGUUGCUGCAUAUUGUCAUGGCUCCUCCAUUCAAAGUUGUCGUCACAGGGUUUGGACCGUUUCGUGACCAUAAAGUCAAUGCAAGCUGGGUGACUGUGCAGAAAAUGAAGGAAACUGGUGGUCUUGGGUCGGACAUAGAACUUGAGAUUGUUCAUAUUGAAGUAGAGUACGGAACAGUGGAUCAGGUCGUUCCUAAACUAUGGAAGCAACACAAACCUCAGCUCAUGGUUCAUGUAGGUGUGUCUGGUAGAGCAAAGUCAAUUACCUUAGAAGAGUGUGCGAAGAAUACGACAUAUGCAACUCAAGACAACAGUGGAAAAUGUCCUCGUAAUGGUUGUUGCAAGAAAUCUGGGGAUUCCUGUCUGAAAUCGAGCCUCGAUAUGAAAAAAAUAGCAGAGGAAGCGAAGAAAAUCAACCCAGAUAUCGAGAUCGAAACUUCUAAAGAAGCAGGAAGAUAUCUGUGUGAAUACAUCUACUAUACUUCUCUACAUUUGAAAAAAGGGGCGUCGGCUUUCGUCCAUGUUCCACCCCUGAAUCGUAAAUAUACUGAGGGAGAACUGGCAACUGGUUUACGUACUGUAAUAACUCUUAUGAUUGACCAAAUAAGGUCAAGAUGACAUGACAAUUGUUGUAUCAUAAAAGAAUUAGUAUCACCCUGACAUAAGCUUCAUUUUUUACCAAUUUUUGUCUUUUUUGUAACAAAAGUGUAGAUUUUUUUUAUUAUGUAAAUUUAAAUAAUUUGUGUAAACUUCUUUAUAGGAAUUUUAAAACUUUGUUGACUUAUAAAUAUGUGUAAUUUUUGCUUUCAAUUGUAUCUGCUUGCCUCUUUUUUGAGGCGGCACACAUAGAAAGCUUCAAAAGUUAUUUUUCGCGCUUAUAUGAUUGUAUUUCUGUAAUAGCUAUGUUCAGUUAUCCUCAGUAAAAAAAAUGUGAAGCCAGACUUUCGAACCUCAAUGCUUUUGUUUAUGUGCCCUAAAUGUAUAGAGAUUCACCAGUCAAGAGUUAAAGAAAGGCAGUCUAAUUGCCUCUAUGAAAGAGGUCAUUCGAAUGAUUAUUAGGAUUUUAUAUCAACUCCUAUUCCUAACCUGCUGUCUAUAUGGCGACUGAUACCAUACAUUGGUAUGGUUUACAUAUACACGCCUUUUCAGUUCACAAGCUUAAAAUGUCCCAUUUUUGAAAUUUUUUCAGAAUUUGUUAAUCUUCGGCUCUCGUUGCUAAAUAAAUGGGGCUCAUUUUAUAAAGUUUUGACAAUUUCGCAUGACAUUUUCACAAUUUUUCUUCCAAGUAAUUUUUUAUUUUUUUAGGUGUAGAAUGCCGUAAUGUGUUAAACAUUAAAAAAAAUACGAAAUAAUCAGAGCAAAUUAGGCGUAAAUUAGAUUAGGGCAAAUUAAAAAUUAUGAUAAUUUGUGGUGGUUUACAUUUACAAAUGAUUUAGGUUUCUGUGAAUGACAAUUUUUUUCUAUCCUAAUCAUUCUAUCAAUAUGAUAGCAAUCUAAACUGGUAAUUGGUCUUCCAUCGGAAACUUGGCAGAAGAUUUUUCUAUUACGGCGGUUCUCAAACUUUUUGUGCCUGUGCCUACGCUUUUUAUCUCGCCUCGCAGAAUACAAGAAAUUAGAACGUAAAACUGAUAAUAAAAAAUUGCGUAAUGGAUUUACAUCAACUUGCACAACUGUCUUAUCACAACAUCUUUUGAGGCUUUUGGACAAUUAAAACAUUAUGCCAACCGUUAACGAUAUUGAACUGGCACGUGGCCUUUCUCAUUUUCUUCGAAGAAGCUCACCGAACAGCAGUGUUCCGCUGAACAAAGUUUGAGAAACGCUGUCCUAGUAUAUACCGGUACCUUGAGUACAUUACAAAGUCUUGAGUACAUUUUUGGGAAAUUUGGUUCUGAAAAACAUGCAUAUUAAUCACUACUAUGUGUCGACUUCUUAUUAUUUAGAUUUUAUAUUUAUGUUCCGUUAUAAUUUGUGCCUUUACAAGGUGAUCAUGGUUUCAGAUGUAAUUCUGUAUUUAUCAUUGUGCUUAUUAAUUAAUAGAUAUAGGGUUAUAUAAUUUAUUACAGGAUUUCUUAAUGUUCUUCUUAUCUGAUUAGAGCGAAUUUACGUUUUGUUUUAAUUACUCUUACAUUACAUGGUGAUAGAACUCAACCUAUAAAUCGUUAUUUCACUGAAAAUAAUUUUUUUUUAUUUAUGCUUUUUUAAGAAUAGUUAAUGAUAAUUAGGGAUGUUAUCAGUAGAUGUUUUCUGGUCCUACCACCCUAAAAAUUGACAGCGUUUGUAAAUUUUUUGGACACUGCCCCAACCUGAACCUUGGAUUCUUCAUCUGUCCCUUCCAGAAAAUGCUUCCUAUAUGUUUAGUGACUAUUGUGAAAUUUUUGAAAAAUAUUCACAUAUCAUUUAUUAAAAUAUUUGGCACUCCCGAAGUAUGUGAACCAAGAUGGCAGACACCGGAAUGUGUACCAGGUUAGAGUUAGGCCAUAAUUUCAGGUACAAAUGCUACGGGAGUCACUUGGCUAGUCCCCGAACUCGUAUGAACUAAAAUAAGGAAAGUUGGAAUAAAAUUAUGGCCUAACAUGGUACACCUAUCUAUGUUCCGGUGUCCGCAACUUUGGGAGAACCAAUAUUUAACAUACACUUUGCCGCAGAGUUAUGAUGUAUGAGACUGCACUUUCAAAUGAAUACUUUCACAACCCUGGUCUGAUCAGGGCUCUGCUUAUAAUUUUCACCCGUUUGAAAUUGCUUUUAAAAAGUUAAUUUUCUUUUUAGUUUAGUGAAUGUAAUUUGCUUCAUUUCUUGUAAAUUUUCAUAUCUUUGUAUGUUUAUAAUAAUUUUACGUCUCCUAGAAAUAAUGCUCCCACUUAUGUAUAUUCCUGCUAUAUAUUUGAUGCCUAUUCUUUAAUUUGACUUGAAAUAAAAUUAUGUGACACUCUUA